UUAAUAUUUCACAAUCUCUAAGCCGCGGUGACUGCACACGACCGAACGACGAUUUUACAAAGUUGGCUAUUCGCACAGGGGUGGACUGGAUCACAGAGUGAGAAAACCGGGGCGCUUGGCCUCGCAAACCAUUCAGUUACGCAGGAGCAUGCUGAGCCUAGCAGCCCCAGUCUGGUCUGGCCGAGACUUCCAGCCGCACCGACAUAUACUCACCGCCUCCCAGCUCUUCUCUCGAGGCAUCUGCUUCGUGUUCCAAGCCCCAUAUUCGCGCAUAAACCGGCCGAUACCUUCGUCGCACACAGCAGCUCCUCUGGCACCUGACUGGCCCCGGGCCCAAAAUAAGACACGAGCCGGUCGCUCUAUUCCAUAUCCCGAGUCGAAUCGCCCCCGCCAUGGUCCGCACCCAUGCCCGCUCUGAGAGUCCCGCGCCCACCGCGGAGAAGGAUGCCGAGCCCGCCCUGCUGAAGAGGUUGAAGUUGAGCCAUAUCUCCAACCCCGACGCCGUGGCGGAGCGCUUUGCGAACGAUCUCUUCACCCCUACCAACAUCCACCGCCUCCAUACCGAGUACGAGACCAGCCAGCCAUACAGACAUGUCGUCGUCGACAAGCUCUUCCAGGACGAGCUCCUCCAGAAUGUGAAGGACGAGGCGCUGUCCGAGCUGAGCUUCGCGGAAAAGGAGACGGACAUCUACAAGGUCAAGCAGACCGGCGACCUCGCCUCGCUCUCCUUUCUCACCGACGAGCAGCGCGCCCUCCUCCCGAGCCUCCUCACCCUCCGCGAUGCCCUCUACUCUGCAAAAUUCCGCUCGUUCCUCCGCGCGGUCACCGGCUGUGGGCCCCUCUCCGGCACGAAGCAGGACAUGUCGAUCGUGUCCUACUCGAAGUCCUGCCAUCUCCUGAACCACGACGAUGUCAUCGGCACACGGCGGGUGUCGUACAUCCUCUACAUGCCGCUGCCGCACUACAUGGGCUGGCAGAAGGAGUGGGGUGGUGCCCUCGAGCUCUACCCGACGAAGCCCGGUCCGGACGGCACACUCGAGCCUGAGCCUGCACCGAGCAAGAGCAUCCCUCCGAGCUGGAAUCAGUUCAUCUUCUUCGAGGUGCAGCCUGGCCGGAGUUUCCAUUCGGUGGAGGAAGUAGUCGUCGGCGAGGGGGAGGAUGGCCGGGAGAGGCUAAGCAUCACAACCCGCCCGAGCUCAAGAGCUCACGAGAGCAGCUCGUAAGUGCGCCCGCGCCUGUCCACUAUGGGGUAUUCUGAUUUCGCGUUUGUAGACGUCGACAUCGACUGACUUCAA